AUGGCCAUUCAAGACGGAUAUACCCUUUUGGUGCUCGGCGCCGGCGUCAUGGGCACCGCUGUUACUGCGGCUGUUACCGAUUCGAAAAUGAAGCCAUUCCCAGGAAAAGUGAUCUUGUGCUCUCAGCUGGAGAAGUCUGAAAAACGUCUCAAGAGCCAGUUCACCCAGGACUUUGUCGAGGUUAUUGUCGAUGUGGAGAAGAAAAAGAAGGCAAUUGAGACUGCUGAUGUUGUUCUUUUGGGCUGUAAGCCUUUCCACUUCGAGGCGGUCCAUGCCCAGGUCAAAGACAACCUCAAGCACAACCCAUUGGUCAUUUCCCUCUUGGCUGGUGUCACAAUUGACAACUUGUCCAUUUUCUCCGAUAAAAUUGCCAGAGUGAUGACCAACACUCCUGCCCAAUUUGGCGCUGGAAUGGCUGCUGUGGCUCUUUCUGAGAAAGCCAGUGAGUACAAGCAGUUCGUCAACGAUUUCGCUGGAUGUGUGGGAGCUGCGCUGGAAAUCCCUGAAAAGAACAUGGAUGCCGCUACAGCUCUUAUUGGCUCUGGUCCUGCCAUGUGCUUGCUCAUGAUGGAGGCAUUGUACGAUGGAGGUGUCAGAAUGGGUCUUACUCACGAUGUCGCCAAAACUGCUGCUGCUAAAGUCAUGGAAGGCACUGCCAAGAUGGCUCUUGAAACCGGUGAGCAUCCUGCUGUGUUGAAGAGCAAGGUUUGUACUCCUGCUGGUACCACCAUCGGUGGUUUGUUGAAGUUGGAAGAUGCCGGUGUGAGAGGUUCCAUUGCCAGAGCUGUCGAAGAGGCGGCCAACAUCUCUGCUUCAUUUGCCAAAAAGUAA